AUGGCCCAGCAACCCUUGGCCAUCAGCGACACAGCGCAUGGCGCAGAGAUUGGUUGGAGGAGGGGUCAGGACCUCAUCACGGCGCUUCCCUAUGUAGAUGCCCUGACUGCCGAAAGUCGCGCCGCUGUCGAGAGGCUGGUCCAGGAGGAGCUCGCUCGGAGCGACAAGACCCCCGCAGACUACUUGGCAGAGCUGCCCCGGCUCCUGGCCUCCAGGCUAGAUGAGGGCUCCCUCGUCGCCCAGGAGCUGGAAAGGGUGGCUCGCGGCGAGCAGAUGGCUGAAAUGGACACCGUGAGGUACAACCUGGACCCCCCCUCCCCCAGCUCACGAGAGAGUGUGGAUGCCUGGCAACAGGCCCUUGACAAUUCCCACAGCCAGCUGGAGCAUCAGUAUACGAGGCUCAUCAACCUGGAGCUGCUGCUCAAGUUUGGACCGGAUGCUUGGCGCGUGCGGAACGAGACCCUCACGGUCCAGUGCGAGGCUCUGAAACGGCGGCUGGCGGCCGUCAAGAAGGAGACGGAGGACCUGAACCGCAGCAGGAAGCUGUCCCAGCUGGAAGCCGGGCGGCAGCUGUCCUCCCUGCAGGCCGAGUACACGCAGCUGGUUGCCAAGAACGCCGAGAUCGAGGCGGCGUGCCUCACGCUGGAGAGCCAGGCCGCGGCGUUGGGUGACAAAGGGGGUGGCGACUCGGAUGCCUCGAUGGUGGAGGCCACUGCCUGA